GACUUCAGUCUGCAGACGUCGUGCGUCGACAUUCAGCUCCUUCAAGCUUGCCAGUCGAUGUUCUACUGCCUGAUUGAUUUUGUUGCCACGUGGCUUGAAGUUUCUCUGACAAGGGCGUGAACAUGUCCCUGCAGGAGGUGAACCUAAGGAACAUGUCCCUGCAGGAGGUCCAGCCAUGGAACAUGUCCCUGCAGGAGGUCCAGCUGUGCAACAUCAGCCUGACACUGAGCAGCAUGAAUACGAGCUGCACCAGCCAAGCAAUAGUUCCUAAAGCCGCCAGAGAGAUGGAAUCAGUGCGUAUUCUGCUCUACACGCUCAUCUUCAUCAUCAGCGUAUUUGGAAACCUCCUCAUCAUCACUGUCCUGAUUCUCAACAAGCGUAUGAGAACGGUCACCAACUCUUUCCUGCUCUCGCUUGCCCUGAGUGACCUGAUGAUGGCCAUCUUCUGUAUGCCCUUCACCCUCAUCCCCAAUAUACUGGAGGAUUUCAUCUUUGGGGCCGCCAUGUGCAAGAUAGUCACCUACUUUAUGGGACUCUCCGUCAGCAUCUCUACCUUCAGCCUGGUGGCAAUUGCCAUUGAGCGAUAUAGUGCCAUCUGCAACCCGCUGAAGUCCCGAGCGUGGCAAACCAAAUCCCACGCAUACCGUGUUAUUGCUGCUACCUGGGUGCUGUCACUCCUUAUCAUGAUUCCUUAUCCCGUCUUCAGCAUCAUCAAGACUUUCCCCAAGACCAAUGACACUGUGGGCCGCAUGUGCCGCCUCCACUGGCCCAGUCAACAAGCUGAGCAAACUUGGUAUGUUCUCUUGCUAUUCCUUUUGUUCUUCAUCCCUGGAGUGUUGAUGGCUGUAGCCUAUGGUCUCAUCUCAAGAGUGCUCUACCGAGGCAUGCAGUUUGAGACAAAGCAGAAGAACACAGAGACGUCUGAGCUGAAGAACGGGGCGGUUGCAGAGCAGCCGAAUGAUGGCGAUGACGGUUGUUACAUUGAAGUUUCCAACAAGCCCUCUUCCACCGUGGAGCUGCCCACCCUCUCAUCUGGUGCCAAGACUGAGUGUUCUCGCAGGAACACCUCGGAGGCCAAAUUACAGGGAAAAAAACGUGUCAUACGGAUGUUGAUGGUGAUUGUGGCCCUCUUUUUUAUCUGCUGGAUGCCUCUGUACUUUGCUAACACCUGGAAGGCUUUUGAUUUAAGGUCAGCCUCUAGAAGCCUUUCAGGGGCACCCAUUUCCUUCAUACAUUUGCUGUCUUACACCUCUGCCUGUGUCAAUCCUGUCAUAUACUGCUUCAUGAAUACACGCUUCCGCAAGGCCCUCCUGUCCACCUUUGCCUGCUGCUGGCGCUGCCGUUUCUGCCGCAAGUGUUGCUGUUUUAAGAAGCGGGAAAGAGGAGGAGACAAUGGCACUACCAUGGGGGCGACAAUGGCUACCACUGUGUCAAAGUACAGCUACGCCACUGUCAGUACCACCGCCUGAUUCAGCUUCCAUCCUUCAAAUCAUGCAGCCGUGUCACUAUAGUCUCUGCAUGCUGCCAAAUGGGACUUCUGUCUAAUUGUUCAGUUCCUUCAUUUGCUCAUAUUGACACAAUUAAAUGUUAUCUAUAAAUACUUCUGUCUAAUUGUUAAGUUCCUUCAUUUGCUCAUAUUGACACAAUUAAAUGUUAUCUAUAAAUACUUCUGUCUAAUUGUUCAGUUCCUUCAUUUGCUCAUAUUGACACAAUUAAAUGUUAUCUAUAAAUACUUCUGUCUAAUUGUUAAGUUC